AUGCAAGGCUUCAAAGACUUCGACCCUGCAAAAGACAUUCGAGACCUUUCCGGAACAGUGAUCUUGGUGACUGGAGGAUUGGGAGAGGAAAGUGUGCGAGCACUGGCGGCGCACAGUCCAUUACACAUCUACUUCACAGGCCGCAAUGUCACUGCAGCGAAUGCACUGAUCGCCGACAUCAAAUCCAAGCACCCCAGGACAUCUUUGAGCUUCAUCAAGAUGGAUCUUUCGUCCCUUUGCGCAGUUAAAGAGGCCAUCGCUCGAGACUUCAAACAUGACCGCCUCGACACACUGAUGAACAACGCCGGCAUCAUUGCCAAACCAGCAGUCCUGAGUACUGAUGGCUACGAGAUCCAAUUUGCGACGAACUAUCUCGGCCAUGUGAUGCUCACCAGAGAGUUGAUGCCCAUCCUACUCAAAACAGCCAAAGACCCCGGUGCAGACGUCCGUGUCAUCAGUAACACCUCCGCCGGUUACGAAUUCCAUCGAGCCAUUAGAGGCGGUAUUGCCUUCGAUGAGCUGGAAGCUGGAAGCGCAAUGUCUCGGAUGAUGUUAGGCGCAUGGAUUCGUUAUGGCCAGUCCAAACUCGCAAACAUCCUCUUCGCAGCGGAGCUCGCGCGUCGGCAUCCUGAGCUGACGUCUGUAGCCAUCCACCCUGGACUCGUCAAGACGCCCAUGAAUGCCGAGAUGGCCGGCUGGAGUAAGACGUUCGUCAAUGUAACGUCGCGGAUGUCGGGCGAGAAGUGGCUUGAGCCGCAUGAGGGCGUUUUGAAUCAGCUUUGGUGUGCGGCCGGAGCGGAAAAAGAAGCAUUGCGGAAUGGAGGAUACUACACGCCUGGGGGCGUAGACUCGACGGAGAAACUGACGGUGGAGGCUAAAGACCAAGCUCUGGCGGGAGGUUUGUGGGAGUGGACGGAGAAAUUGCUCCUGAAAUAUUGUCGUGAUUAA